AUGAAGAAACUCCUCCUGAUGAUAUUGAAACACCCCCUCCGCGGCCUGAUCUUCUCAUACUCGUUUCUCGUGCAGAUCCUGCUGUUGCUGCUUCGACGCGCCCUACUCCCCCACUUCCCCGUCUAUCAAUCGCUCCGGAUCCAGGUCCAGCGGGCGUACAUGGGCUCGGCGUCGCUGACCUUUCCGGACCUGACGCACAGACUGCCCGUGGGCAAGAUGCCCGUUCGCCGGGCUCGCAAGAUCGAAGGAGGAUCCGUGCCGGCGUAUCUGAUCCCCGGGUCAAGGGACCUGGCGGAAUUCGCGGCGCCAAUGAAGUCGGGACGAGGACAGCGAUGUGUGGUGAUUUACGCGCACGGCGGCGGCUACGCACGCGGCGAGGCGAGGAUGUACAUCAACUACAUGGAGCGGUGGAUCCGGGAGGCGUCCAGGGCGGAGCUGGAUCUCGUCUUCGUGAGCGUUGAAUACCCAUUAUCCGUCAAGGAGAGCCAUCCGGCUCAGAAGAAGGCGUUCCUUGAGGUGUACAGAUACGUCCUCGACCAGGGCAUCCAGCCAGAGCGAAUCAUCUUCAUGGGUGACUCGGCUGGAGGUUCACUCUGCCUCCUCGCACAACUGGACCUCCGAGGCGUCGGCCUCCCACAACCCGCCGCGACGAUCCUGAUAUCCCCGUGGCUCGACAUGAACUGCAAAGUGUACCAGGGAGGAAACGGCGCCGUCGAGACCGACUACUUCAUGGUCGCCAACCACGCCGUGCCGGCCCUCGCGAAGCUCUUCGUCGGUGCCUUCCCCGCCGACUCGCCCGAGGUCAACCCUCUCCACCACGCGCCCGAGGCGCUCGACGGCCUGAGCCCGCAGCUGAUCUUCACUGGCGGGGCGGAAUUUGCGCGCUACGACUCGGAGAAGUGGGCGGAGCUGUGUCGCGCCGCGGGCGUAGAGUCUAAACUGGUCAUCGAAUGGGCGCAACUGCACAUCUAUGCGGUCGGGUCAAAGUUCACGGAUCCGGCCGUGCGGAAGAAGACGGACGGUAUCAUUAUCCAGUGGAUCAAAGAGCACGUUCGGGAGCGAAGAGAAGUGGCCGAUUAG